CUAUUGGCUGAAUUCACAGACCGACAAUUUGAAAAUCGGUGUCACGUACACAGAGUGGGGAGCAGCUGCACGGAGAAAGGGAGAGAGACAAAGAUUAGGACGUAAUCUGUUCACAAACAAAGAAAGUUGCCGCAAUGUUAGCCGGGGAGGACGGUGCCCAGCUACAGUGCUGUUUGACCGUGGAGCAUCUGAACACCUCCGGCGAGGCCACCCGGAGGCAGGUCAUCCGUAAAGCGUCUGUUAUUCUGGGCCGGAAUGAGUUCCAGGAGAUUAUCCUCCGGGUCCACGACGGAAAAAUCCCGCAAAAUUACCAUCUGAAAGAAUUCAAACUUUUUACUAAAUUCGUCAGAGAUGGGAAGUGCACCGUCAAACUGCUCCCUGAAAACACCCAGCUGCUCUUCUCCAACUGCCCCCCUGACCGGCUGAACCUCUUCCUCAAAACCCUGAGCAUCAAACACCAGGCCCGGCUGAGCAGCAAGUCUCUGAGCGACCGAGAGAAGCUCAACGCCGGUCUGCCCCGCAGCUUCGAAGCUAUCAGCCCCCUGCAGCAAAAAGAUAUCCAGAAGGUGAAUGAGCUGAGGAGUAAAGUGGCUCCCAAAGGGCUGGCAAACUGCACUAAUAGGACUGCUGUGGCAGGGACAGGACAGCAGGUCAAAAGGUCGAGGAGUGACACAAACUUCAGCCCAGUGAAGGCCAACCCGAGCAAGAAGCCCAUUCUGUCUCUGCCAUCACGUAAACUGAAUAAAGAACAGGCCGCUGUCCUCAGUGCUGUGCUGAGUGGAAAGAAUGUCUUCUUCACUGGAAGUGCGGGUACAGGAAAGUCCUUCUUACUGAAGAGAAUCAUGGGAUCUCUUCCUCCAAAGAGCACGUUUGCCACAGCCAGCACAGGAGUGGCUGCGUGUCACAUUGGAGGAACGACGUUACACAACUUUGCUGGUAUUGGCUCCGGUUCUGCCCCGCUGGAGCAGUGUAUCGAGUUGGCUCAGAGGCCCGGGGUGCUGCAGCACUGGACCAGCUGUCGACACCUCAUCAUCGACGAGCUCUCCAUGGUGGAGGCCCAGUUCUUUGAUAAGCUCGAGUCGGUGGCAAGGUCGGUGAGGAGGUCGACUGUGCCAUUUGGAGGCAUCCAGCUGAUCGUCUGUGGCGACUUCCUCCAGCUCCCUCCUGUUUCCAAGGGAAAGGAAAAGGCCAGCUUCUGCUUCCAGGCCAGGAGUUGGCGUAAAGUCAUACACGUCAACAUGGAGCUAAUGGAGGUUCGGAGGCAAACUGACCAGUCCUUCAUCUCCCUCCUGCAGAAAGUGAGGGUGGGCAGGGUGACUGAGGACGUCACCGCUAAGCUGAUGGAAAGCGCAUACCAUCACAUCGAGAAGGACGGCAUUCUAGCGACCAGGCUGUGCACGCACAAGGAUGACGUGGAGCUCACAAACGAGAACAAACUCCAGCAGCUGCCAGGUUCAGUGCGUGCGUUUGAGGCACUGGACAGCGACCCAGUCCUGGUGAAGACGAUCGAUGCUCACAGCCCCGUCAGCAGACUGAUCCAGCUCAAAGUGGGAGCUCAGGUCAUGCUGACAAAGAACCUGGAUGUCGCUCGAGGUCUGGUGAACGGAGCGCGAGGGGUUGUGGUGGCUUUUGAGUCCGGAAAACAUGGGCUCCCACGUGUGCGUUUCUUGUGUGGCGUCACAGAGGUGCUGAAGUUUGAGCGCUGGGUGUUUAAGUCUGGUGGUGGGAUCCACCUGAGUCGACAGCAGCUGCCACUCAAGCUGGCCUGGGCCAUCUCCAUCCACAAGAGCCAGGGAAUGACCCUUGACUGUGUGGAGAUCUCUCUGGCACGCGUAUUCGAGAGUGGCCAGGCGUACGUGGCCUUGUCUCGGGCUCGGAGUCUGGAGGGUCUGCGAGUGAUGGACUUUGACCCCCGCGUGGUCAGGGCAGAUUCAGAUGUUCUCGUCUUCUACAAGAAACUGAGAAAGGAGAGACUUCUCAUGCAGGCCUCUAUGGAUGAUUUUCUUGGCAACGCAACAAGAGAACUUUUGGUGAAGGAGAAUUGAUCUACAUCUUUGAUAUUAUGCACCGUGUGCAUGAGUUAUCUUAUUUGGUUUUCUUAAAUUACUGCAGUCUACCUCUCAGUUUCUGCUUUAAGCUGCAGCACUAAGUCACACUGCCAUCUAAUGGCCAUGUUUGAGAUUUUUAUGCCUUUUUAAUUUAUUAUGAUUGUUGGUAUAUAUUCCAAUAAAGUUUGUCAACCUGUA